UAAAGUUUCUCUCUAAGUAGCAAAAGUCCAACUUUUUAUAUUGAAAGAUGAACGAGGAAGAAUCAUCGGAGAAACAAUAUGAUAUCCUCAUGGACCUGAAAGAUUCAGUCGGGAAGCAAAACGACAUUGCUCUGAGGUUGACUCAGCACGUGAUCGCCACUUCUACCGCCGGGAAACCCACGAACCUCGUCUUCUCGCCGGCGUUAAUCAACGUCAUCCUCAGUUUUAUCGCCGCCAGAUCUCCCGGAGCCACCGCAGACGGGAUCGUCUCUUUACUUCAGGCUUCUUCAACCGAUGAGCUUAACGCUGUCACCUCCGGGAUCGUCACCACCGUCCUUGAAGACAGCACCGCUGAUGGAGGCCCGACGAUAUCGGCAGCGAAUGGCGUCUGGAUCGAAAAGUCUCUCACAGUGGAACCUUCUUUCGGGGAUCUCUUGGUGAAUUCGUAUAAAGCUGUUUUCCACCAAGUUGACUUUCGCAACAAGGCUGGUGAAGUGACUGAAGAGGUGAAUUCAUGGGUUGAAGAGCAGACAAAAGGACUCAUCACUAAUCUUCUUGCACCAAACUCUGCUUCUCCUCUGACUGAUAUCAUAUUUGCUAAUGCCUUGUUCUUCAACGGAAAAUGGGUUAAACAAUUCGAUCCAUCUCUAACAAAAGAUUCCGACUUUCACCUUCUUGAUGGAACCAAAGUACGAGUGCCCUUCAUGACCCAUAGCUCAUCGUUUGGAUUCCAUCUCGAUGUUUACGAAGGUUUCAAAGUCCUCGAUCUAGGGUACAGAGGAGCAAGACUCAAAGAUUGUCGUGGUUUCUUGAUGCAAAUCUAUCUCCCUGAUGAGAAAGAUGGGUUGCCCGCAAUGCUGGAGAGAUUAGCUUCUACUCGUGGAUUCUUGAAGGAAAAAGAGGUCCUUCCUAGCCACCGGGCGUGUAUCAAAGAACUCAAGAUUCCAAGGUUUAAAUUUGCUUUUGAUUUCGAAGCCUCUAAAGCUCUCAAGACUUUGGGUUUGGAGGUGCCGUUGUCCACGAUCGUCCACAAGUCUUGCAUAGAGGUCGAUGAAGUGGGAUCGAAAGCUGCGGCUGCUACCGCAUUAAAAAGUUGUGGAGGCUUUUUUCGAGCGCCAAAGAAGUAUGACUUCGUGGCUGAUCAUCCUUUUCUGUUUCUCGUCAAAGAACACAGAAGCGGACUGGUUUUGUUCCUUGGUCAAGUCAUGGAUCCUUCUAUGCAUUAAUUUGUGUCCAAAGUCUCCGAACUAUACAAUUUUUACGUACGCCCUCUUGACAUAGUAGACUUUUUUUUUUUUUUUAAUCCUCGCUGGUUUUAAUUUUGGAAGAAUAUUUGAUUUUUAGAACUUUCUAGUUAUCUUAUAGAGCUUUAUGCCUUUAUUUACAGGGUUCAUUUUUAUCCAAUGCUUUUUAUUUCGGAUGCUUCAAGUGGAUAUAUCAUUUUCAAUUUGUUUGUUUAGUACUUAAUAUUUUCUAUUAA